AAUAUGAAAUGUGAAAUAACUUAAAAAAAUAAAAAUAUUAAUAAAAAAAUAUCUCACGUAAAAAAAAACAAUUGAACGUUUGUAAAGCCCUUAACAAAAUUUGAAAAUAGAACAAUCCACAAGACGCCAUCUUAGAAACAUUGACGUCACAUCGUUGGGCGAACGAAUGUGUACCUUUGACAUUGUUUAAACCGCCUCCGAACAUCCCAAGGAGGGAAUAUGAAUGUGUUACAGUUUCUUGUAAUAAUUUUAUUAUUGUUGUGUACGUAUGUUGUGUUUGGGAACGAUAGGUGUGAUAAUGUGAAGACUCCGGUCAGUGGAUUGAGAAAGAGAAGGCAUUUGACGUUUCCUGAAGGAACCGCUAUGGUGUUAACCAUGUCGGUACUGAAAACCGUGAUGGUUCACGCCCCUUCAGGUUGGAAUGUGGCUGUCGAGAUCGAUGUCAUCUACCCAUUGCCGAGUCCAGAGAUGAUCAACUUGCUAUUCAGAAGAAAGUUGCAUCAUCGACAGAAGAGAGAACUUUGGGAGAAGUUGCAACAUGCUUUGCAGAGUUACAACUUGGACGGUCGCUCCUGUAUUUAUCGGAGCAUAUGUGAAGCGAGAACACACUUGGCUCCACCGGGGAAGUCCUUGGUGCAUGACAUUUUGAGGGCUGUGUUUACCGCCCCAGUCCACGAGGAAGGAUUUAAAGAGGAAGUUAAUGAAACUUAUUACGAGUUAUUGGAACCAAACGUCUGUGAAAGAAUCCACGAUUGCCCUAUUUCGAUACUGGAAGUUGUAUUGGGUUUGAAUAAAAAUAGUUAUUUUUGAUGUAUGAUAUUGUUUUUUUAAAGUAAAUG